AUGCAAAUGAACGUCCAAGGUUCAAUAUGUUUGUUCUCACAGGUUAUCAUUGCUAGUUCUUGGAUUUUAUCCACCUUAUUCAACAUCCCGUUGCUCCUGGCAGUCGGCCUUGAUGAGAGAGCAAACAAGUGCGCACAGCUCUUCCCAAAAGAGUGGAUGGCAAAGGCGACGAGCUGGUCGUGGUUUCUUCUUCCAGCGUUUUCCACUGCUUUGAUGGCCUUUCUGUACUGUAGAGUCGUGUACAACUUGUGGAUCAAGGGUAAAGACCAAGAUCAGCUGACGCAGCAGCAAAUGGUUGUGAUAAGAGUGAGAAAGCGGGUCACUUUGAUGGUGGUUACUGUCAGUGCUAUAUUUGGCAUAUGUUGGUGCACAGCUGGUACCAUUUACAUUGUGUCGUACACUGCCUAUGCAUCCGUGGACUAUAACACGGCCGUUUUGCCUAUUUCUUUCCUAACCGUUAUGUUCAACUCUACCGUCAACCCGUUUACCUACGCUCUGUUAAACCAACAAUUCAGAAGCAAGAUGAAGAUGAUAAUCUUUCCUGCUUGUUUCUCCUUAUCCACGGUCCAACCUAGUGUCGGCGGAGAGUCAGGCAGUACCUAG